AUGUUAACGGGUAAAAGAAAAGGUAGAUAUAUUGGUAGGAUGACUGGUAUAAAUGCAGAGACAUUGACACUUAGACAGCAAUCAGAACUUAGUCCUAUGAGCUAUUUCACACAGUUACGAUCUCUGCGACGUUUGGACGUGAGUUACAAUGGCAUAAAGUGCCUGCCUCCGAGUGUCGGUGAGCUUCGAAACUUGGAAGAACUUUCCGUCGACAGCAAUCCACUGUUCGAAUUGCCACCUUCCGUGUUUUCCUUACCACGUCUGAGGGAAUUGAGCGCAAAUUGUUGUGAUUUGCGCUGCUUACCAGCAUUACCAUUGGCCGCUGAUCCUCUGCCUAAUAUUAUUUUCAAGCUGAACCCUGCCCUGAAACAUGUACCCUUGACUCUUGAACCUCUAUUUGAUAUCAAUCCACAUAUCAGCACACGAUUUUGGACAUACGAUUCGACAGAAUUUUUCCAUCCAGGACAAAUCCAUGUAAAAGUAGUCAAUACUGAAAAUUUACCAGAAAUCGAUGUUUAUUUAUAUUCGGGUAUCAAACAUGUUUCACAAUAUUUUGCUCCAAAAAUGCCAACAUUGUUCGAAUUGGCCUUGCGGAAAACACAUGCUAUUUUGAGCAAAACCUCUUUCUUUCUGGAUGAGAAUGAAAACUGUGAUGAUGAAGAUUAUAAUGAAUUUUAUGAUAGUGAUUAUGAUGAGGGGAGGGUCAUUAUUAUGUGA